CCCAUGCCCUACUGCCUAAAAAUUACAUACUAUUAAGUCACAUUCACUUCGUACAUAGUACAUAUUACCUAUUAUUUUGUUGAAAUAUUGAAAUGACACUGGAAACAAGUUUUGUCGUUAAAUGCAUAUACGAUAUAGUAUAAUAAUAAGUAUAGUAAUAAUUGAACUAGCCGAGUGUUUGAAUUAGAAUUUUUUUUAAAGAUAAAGUUUAACUCAUUUCUAUACGUAUUAUAAUAAUGGUAAAAUUUUUUGAAAAUAAAAGUUUAUUCCCAUUUAAAUGGGAUCAAGUUGUUCAUGGUUUUUGGCAUCGUUAUCCAAAUCCAGAAAGCAAGCAUGUAUUAUCUGAAGAUGUUUUACAUAGAGAGGUGAUAGAAAAUAAAUUGCAUUCUAUUAGGUUAUUCWCAAAAACUAACAAGUUGCCUAAAUGGGGUGAACGUUUUAUACAAAGUAAAGAUGUAAAAAUAGUCGAAGAAUCAAUUUUAGAUCCUUCAGAAAAAACAUUGGUGACGUAUACAAGGAAUGUUGGAUAUGCCAGUGUUAUGGGUGUGACAGAAAAAGUUAUUUAUAAAGUAAAUGAAGAAAAUCCAAAUACCACAGUUGCAGAGCGAUCCGUAUGGAUUGAAUCAAACGUAUAUGGAAUGUCUAAAGCAAUUCAAGCAUUUGGAAUGCAACGAUUUAAAGUUAACAGUGCUAAAGCAGUAAAAGGAUUUAAUUAUGUACUCAAUAGUAUGUACGGUACUAAUACGUCAAGUUCACCUGGUGUAUUAUUACAUCAGAAAGAAAAAUUAAAAGAUGCUCUUAAACAAUCAAAUUACAAAACUGGAUCUCUUUAUGUUCAUUAAACGUAUUUCUACUUGAGAAUUCACCAAGUUUUAUGAUCAAUUUAAUGUGAUAACAUAAUUAUGUAUUCUAUCAGUUCAACAAUUUAAACCAGAUUAAAGUACUCCUCAAGUUUAUGUGGUUAUACAUUAUUAUCAUCUUUAUAGUAUUUUAUUAGAAUACAAUUAAAUUAUUUUAAA